UCGCCCUACUUGUCAUAUGUGGGGCUUUUGUCUCUCUUGUCUGUGAACCAUCUACUACACUACAACCAUCCCUUACUGGAACAGGCACAGUGACAGACAGGGUUAGCUACAGACCAGCCACCUGCCUCACACAGCUAGAGUACAAUACCAAACCAGCAUACCUGAAAGAAGACAUUUCCCAACCAAACUUUGAACAGACUUCAGCACUGUAGUUAGGUCGCAGGACUGGGAGUGAAGAUGAUUUUAACUACUAUAUUGAUGGUGUCUCUCUAUGGGCUCUCUCUGGCCCAAGGGGAAGGAAUGGAGAGGAUCCAGGAAUGUAAAACCAGAUGCUCCAAGGGCCUCCAUUGCAAAAGUAAAACCCACUAUUCCUUUGCCCCAUGCAGGACCCAGAAAGCAGGCCUCAACACCAGUGUUGUCUUCCACAACGUCAGCCUGUCCACAGUGAUGAGGUGUGAGGGGAAACAGAAGUGCUCUCUUCACUUUCGAGUUCACACUGCUCUUCAGCUCAGUGAGCACAUCCAUGGCGUCUCCAUAUGCACUGUCACCGCAGGGAUGAUGUUGGAAAUCUGUAGGCUCGUCAGCUUCCCCAGAGUAGCCAGAGAGAGACUGGAGGGACAGCAGUUGGAGGUUCAGAAUGACUGCUCUGAGGUGUGGCCAGGUCAAUACGUUCACGUCACUCUAAAGACAAAUCCAAGCUACUGUGGAGUCACCUGGACAAGCACUUACCAAGUCCCAGAAUGUAGCAGCAGAGAUCUUCGGAGUAACAUUCCAGAAUGCAUCACUGGGAGGCUAGCGUACACUGUGGACUCAGACAGAAAGGAGCUGGCUGUGUCUGUCUCAGACAUGUUGGAGGAUAAAGACUAUCACCUGAGACUGUGUCACAGAAAAGACUACACCUGUAGAGACACAGGGGCCAACGCACUGAUCAGAAAGGAGGAUGUGCUGAAGAAUACUACUCUGCAGUAUUCUACACCUUUGCCCUGUCUCUGCAUCGAGGGCUGGUCUGCCACCUCUGAUGCACCCAGAGUUCAAGUCUUUCCCUUCAGAGACAAUCUGGAGGAGUUGUGGUCUGGCAUUAACUUUGACCCGGUGGAGGAGUUGUUGUCAUGGGAACCGGUGUGUCCUGUUGUUGCGGUGAUCUCACUGUGCCAAAAACAAGGGGACGAUGAGUGUGACGAUCUGGCUGGUUCAUCACAGACCCUCAACAGGGAGAAGAUAACAUUCUCCACUGUGGAUCCACACCCACAGCUUUGUAUGAAGUUUACCACAGAUUCUGGAUCCUGGAUCCGGUGCCCCUUUGCAGAUGGGAAUUUCCAAGCUUGGGACCUGGGUGUCGACCAGCUGGGGCUGGUUUUAACGUCACGGGUCAGAGCACCCCUCUCUCUUCAUGUGUGUGUGAAGACGGGGACCUCUGCAUGCCACCCAGAACACACACUCCCUGUACAUGUGGAGAAAUCUGCUAAUCUCAACCUGACUGUGGACGUAUGCCUACCAAACACCUGUGUCCAGGUGAAGAGGCUUAACGUAAAGUAUGCUGUCACCAUCCUUCAUUGCCAUAUACGAUGCUUGGACCUAGCUGAUGCCCGUGCUCCUGCAAUGGUUGGGCAAACUCCGGCCUUGCAAGGCUCCUUGGAGCUGAUCUGGGUAGUGGUGCCAGCUGUGGCCUGUCUCACUGCUGCUGUCAUAGUGGCAGCUCUAGUCAUCAAAGCCCUAAUAACUGUUCACCAGAGGAGGCACAGAAAAGGACGGCAUGGGGUCUGUACAUUGAAACAACAAACAGAAUCUCAUGCUGUUGCUGUUGACUGCACCACCCCAGGACUCCAAGACCAGACUACUCUCCAUAACGAGAUGCCCAUACCUUACAGUCUUCCGUUUGAAAAUUGCGAAAGGGCUAACUUACUGCAGUUUUAAUUUAGUCUUAGAUUUAGUCUUAAAUUAGAUUUUUAGCUUCGUUACAUUUUUGUCAUUUAAUCUUUCGUUAAUUUUUGUAAUUUUCAGUCGACAAAAACCCGGAACAAUUUCAGUCUAGUUUUAGUCACAUUUUAGUCUGCACAUUUUUUUAAUACAUUUAAAUAACUCAUAUUUACCUCUUACUUGCAUCAUGUGCACACUUAGCUGUAGGAUUUUCAGCGGUUAACUUCGGUCACGACUGGCUCCAUGGGAACUACAAUCCUAGCGCUGAGUUUUAGCGUUUAGAAACGUCAAUAAUCAUCAGAUGUCUGAGAGAAUGAAUCUUUUAAAUAAAAAAAUAUACACUUACUUACCCAGAUUUUUACAGAUCCAUAAGCUGUGUGUCUCCAGCCGGCAGACUACACUUCCGCUACACUUCCUCCCCAGUUAUUCUUACACACAAGUGUUUGGAGCAUGCUAGAUAGCUAAUGAGGACAGAUGUCUUCCGUAAAAGAAGUGCUGUAACUUUGAGAUAUGGCUGUGUGGGAGCACCAAUCUUAACCCUAUAAAGGUGUAGUAAUUUAACCUUCACUUUAAAAAAAAAUCUCACUGAUAUGAAAGAUUCCUCAUGUUUCUAAAACAUUACCGCAAGCGAUGCGUGUUAACGUUCAGAGCGAACGUCGGGUCCCCAGGAAAAAUGUAGAUCCGAUUUUCUCCACAUAAUAACCAUCAGAGUUGGUUAAAUAACAGUGCUUUCCUUCAAAAUAGGAGAAUAUGAGCUUUCCCACAAUGCCAGAAGUAUUACUAUACUCCUAAUAUUCAGCAAAAAUCAUUCGUUUUCCCAAUUGGAAAAAGCAACUGCACCUCGCUAUUGCCAACACAGAUUAAUAAAAGCGCACAUGGCACAAUUGAGCUUCUGAUGUGAUCAGAGCAAAAAUGACCAAAAUGAAAGCAGAGAUUUAAAAUACAUUAUUGUUUCUAAUUGAGGUUAGUUUGUUACAAUUUAAGUAUCCUGUCUGCGCAUCAGCUCAAAAGAGAGACCGAGAUUAGUGAUUAAAGUGACUGGGAGCUGUGUUUGUGGGAGAGCCAGAUCAAUACAACCAGCCCAUGCAACAGAAAGAUGUUAUCGGCUAAUGAGAGGAUUGCAUUAUAUAUUCUGCACAGGGAUGCAUGCUUAUAAUUGGACAAAACAGAUUUAAAGGAGUUUCAUGUGAAAUUGAAUGUCCAUUUGUGUCACUUAGAAUUCUCGCCUCGUUACAUUUUACAAUUAAAAGUAAUUGGUAAUAGUUAUAGUUUUUUUUCCAGAGCAUUUCAUCUCAUCAUUAGUUUCAUCAGGAAAAAUAGGUUGUUGACUACAGAGAGCUCAAACACGAGAUGUAUGUGGCAGUUCAAAAAGAAAACCAGCCCCGUCAUGGACAUCAACAUCUUACUCCCAGACAAAUUAAACAACUUCUUUGCUCGCUUUGAGGACAAUACAGUGCCACUGACACAGCCCGCUACCAAAGCCUGUGGGCCCCCCUUCAUUGUGGCCAACUUGAGUUAAACAUUUAAGCGUGAUAGCCCUCGCAAGACUGCCGGCCCAGACGGCAUCCCUAGCCGCAUCCUUACUGACAUAUUCAAUCAAUCCCUAUCCCAGUCUGCUGUUCCCACAUGCUUCAAGAUGGCCACCAUUGUUCCUGUUCACAAGAAAGCUAAGGUAACUGAACUAAAUGACUAUCGCCCCGUAGCACUCACUUCUGUCAUCAUGAAGUGCUUUGAGAGACUAGUCAAGGAUCAUAUCACCUCCACCCUACCUGAUACCCUAGUCCCACUCCAAUUUGCUUACCGCCCCAAUAGGUCCACAAACUACGCAAUCUCACACUGCACACUGCCCUAUCCCACCUGGACAAGAGGAAUGCCUAUGUAAAAAUGUUUUUCAUUGACUACAGCUCAGCAUUUAACACCAUAGUACCCUUCAAACUCGUCCUCAAGCUCGAGAUCCUGGGUCUUGACCCCGCCCUGUGCAACUGGGUCCUGGACUUUGACGGGCCGCCCACAGGUGGUAGGGUAGGAAACAACAUCACCAUCCUGCCGAUCCUCAACACUGGUGGCCCCACAAGGGUGAGUUCUCAGCCCUCUCCUGUACUCCCUGUUCACCCAUGACUGCAUGGCCAUGCAUGCCUCCAACUCAAUCAUCAGCAGACGACACUACAGUGGUAGGCUUGAUUACCAACAACGACAAGACGGCCGACAAGGAGGAGGUGAGGGCCUUCGGAGUGUGGUGUCAGGAAAAUAACCUUUCACUAAACGUCAACAAAACAAAGGAGAUGAUCGUGAACUUCAGGAAACAGCAGAAGAGCCCCCUAUCCAUAUCGACGGGACAGUAGUGGAGAAGGUGGAAAGUUUUAAGUUACUCAGCGUACACAUCAUGGACAAACUGAAAUGGUCCACCCACACAGACAGCGUGGUGAAGAAGACGCAACAGCGCCUCUUCAACUUCUAGAGCCUGAAGAAAUUUGUCUUGUCACCAAAAGCACUCACAAACUUUUACAGAUGCACAAUCGAGAGCAUCCUGUCUGGCUGUAUCACCGCCAGGUACGAAAACUGCUCCGCCCACAACCGCAAGGCUCUUCAGAGGGUAGUGUGGUCUGCACAAUGCAUCACCAGGGGCAAUAUACCUGCCCUCCAGGACACCUACAGCACACGAUGUCACAGGAAGGCCAAAAAUAUCCUCAAGGACAACAACCGCCAGAGCCACUGCCGGUUCACCCCGCCAUCAUCCAGAAGGCAAGGUCAGUACAGGUGCAUCAGCUGGGACCGAGAGACUGAAAAACAGCUUCUAUUUCAAGGCCAUCAGACUGUUAAACAGCCAUCACAAACAUUGGUCAUUAGUCAUCCAUAUAUUUACAUGUACUUUUUCUCUUUACAUUAGUGUGUAUAAGAUAGUCAUUGUGAAUUUGUUAUAUUACUUGUUAGAUAUUACUGCACUGUCGGAACUAGAAGCACAAGCACUUCACUACACUUGCUAACCAUGUGUAUGUGACCAAUAACAUUUUAUUUGGUUUGAUUAGUCCGCUAAACCAAAGUCUGGUUCCCCAAGCUACAUUGCCUAAGCUUCGCCUUAGCAGGCUAAAAUGUUAUUUUUGUUUAUACAAGACACCAGGUUUGAACCCCAUCAUUAACAGAGCGCAUGACAUGUCAAAAAUGUACAAAUGCAGGUGGUGUUGUGUUUCUUUCCUGGUCCAAACCUCCAAGGAGCAAUUUGCAUACAGAUUGAGAAUUAAGAAAGAAAAGACAAUAGAACAUGGGCAGUUGUAAAAUUUCUACAUUUCUACAUUGCAUUGACCAUUUUCUGUUAAUCAUUUUAGAAUUUCUGUUUACCGUUUCCAAUUUUCAAUAAACCAUUUUCAAUUUUGUUUUUAACACUGCAAUUUUAUCGUGACAUGAAUCACGUGCACCUACGUGAAAAUAUAAAUGCAUUUAUCACUUUUGCGUAUCAAUUGAGCAUCUAAGCAUUGCAUUCUCGAUUUGAUCACCCUAGUAAUUAGUUGUUGACAAAAUGAACACUGACUUACUGACAUAAUUCACAGGCUGAACAUUGGACUUAGGCCUAAGCCUAAAUAGAUAGACUUGUUACAAGAAGCCAAUAAAUAGUUAGAAAGCUAAAAUAAGUUCUCAGUUUAUUGUGGUGGGACUGCCUACAGGAGUUGACUAUGACUGACAUUUCAGACGCUUUUGUGUUGUGUGUACAGUAUGUUUUCAUAUAUUUAACUUAAACCUUAUGAGGAAAAAUGUUACUGUAUGUGAUGUAUGUGAUGGUUGUAAUACAUGUUUUGUCAUAUUUAGCAUUUAUAUUCUAGAUAAACUCAUAUUGCUGCCAUUUCUGUGUUUCUGUGCAUUUGAAGAACUGUAAUAAAAGCCCUCCAGCACUA